GUUGUUUGGGAAGUAUAGGUUAAGGAAGUACAUAGUUUAUGUUAAGAUAAUAGAGUGAUAACGAAAAUUUCAACGAACAGGAGUCCAUGAGAAAAGAUACACUACUGAUUAUCAUAGUUAACGUGUUUCGAGAAACAAAAUUUAUUGUUUACGAUGACGGCAUGAAAAUAACAAAAAAUAUCAAAAAUUAACAUCAAAAUUGACCAUAGUUCGAGUGCCAGAAAACAAGAGAAACGACAUCUGAGAGGAUGAUAGACCGACGGGCUUUCCAGCAUUGGUCGCGUCAAUAGAUUUCGAGCUUUUAUUCUUCCCCCUUUUUGCCCCCACAACCGAAUCCGUUACGUAACCGAGGAACAGUCGCUGAGGAAAGGAGAAGUGCCACCGAAAAGACCGGACAGGAGAAAUUAUAUAUAAAUAAAGCAUUUGCCGCGCGACAUGUACAGGAUCAACCGAAUCGUGGGUCUGGUCUCAAGGAAUUUACGUCCGGCCGUUUAUUUCCCACAAUCGCAAAUCCUUGUUUACAGACCCACAAAUGACAUUGUAAAUUUACGUACAUAUUGCAAUAAGAAAGGUGAUGGUAAGAAGUAUGUAUGUACAGUGAAGCCACCAGAACCGUGCAAACCAACAAAUAAAUCAGACAAAUGCAAGCAGAGGCCAUUGCCAUAUCUGCAAGAAUGUCAGAGACCAAACCUUAUGAGCGAGUGCCCCAAACCCGACUGCCCAUAUGACCCUAACUGUAAGAAGAAAAGUCGGUCGCUCCUUAUAUUGGCGCUUUUAGUGGCUGCAGCGACAAUGGGCGCACUGUAUAUGUACAUCUUGCAGAAGAAGCAGAAGCAUCCGCAAGUAGUGACAAAGAAAAUUAAGAAGGAAAGGGUGUUCUUGAAAAUCCCCAAGGAUUCCAAGGACAUUCCGGUGGAUGUGCCAUACCUCCUCAUCGGAGGCGGUACCGCCGCUUUUGCUGCAUUUAGGGCGAUCAAAUCCAACGAUCCCACUGCCAAAGUACUUGUUAUUACCAACGAGGAGUUCUACCCAUACAUGAGACCGCCCCUAUCCAAAGAACUGUGGUUCUCUGAUGACCAAGAAGCAGUCAAGAAAUUAAACUUUAAACAAUGGAAUGGUACUGAGAGAAGUCUAUUUUAUGAACCUGACGAUUUCUAUAUUAACUGUGAAGAUCUAACUAUUACGGAACAUGGUGGUGUCGCUGUUGCAAGGGGUUGGGACGUUUCACAUAUUGACGUAAUAAACAGAGUUGCCCAUUUGGAAGGAGGACAUCAAAUCAAAUACGGAAAAUGUCUUAUCGCCACCGGAUCAAGUCCGAAAAAUUUGGACAUUUUCGAGAAUGCCGAUAAGAAAGUACUGGAAAGGACGGUCUUGUACAGAAAUGUGUAUGACUUCCAAUGUCUUCACGAGAGAUUGAAGGAUGCCAAGACUGUUGCAGUUAUUGGCGGAGGAUUUCUUGGUAGCGAAUUAGCCUGCGCUUUCGGCAGGAGAACUAAGGAUGAUCCUGGCUUCAAGGUAUAUCAGGUGUUUAAGGAGAGCGGACAUAUGGGGGCUAUUCUACCAGAGUAUUUAAGCUUCUGGACUACCGAGAAGGUUAAGAAGGAAGGCGUAACAGUCAUUCCGAAUGCUGAAAUCACUGGAGUUUGUUCAACGAACGACAUGGUCCAUAUGAACCUGAAUAACGGUCACACGAUUUCGGCAGAUUUGGUAAUUGUCGCCGUUGGCGCAGCGCCGAACACAUCAAUGGCAACUAAGUCUGAUUUGGAAAUCGACGAGGAAUUUGGAGGAUACCUGGUGAACACCGAACUGCAGGCCAGAUCGCAUUUGUUCGUGGCAGGUGACGCAGCCUGCUUCUACGAUACCAAAUUGGGCAGAAGGAGGAUCGAACAUCACGACAAUGCCGUGAUAUCCGGUCGAUUGGCAGGAGAGAAUAUGACUGGCGCCGGAAAACCGUACCUUCACCAAAGUAUGUUCUGGUCCGAUUUAGGUCCUGAUAUCGGUUACGAAGCCAUCGGCAUUGUGGAUUCUUGUUUACCCACCGUUGGAGUUUUCGCAAAGGCCACCGACGAAUCAGCAGCUACGAAUAAGGAUGAAGAAGACGAAUGUGCCGGCAAAGGACAAGGAGCUGAACCGACGACCAAGCAUCAAUCUGACUCCCAGAUAAGGAAGAUGGCCGAAAGGAGACGCCAGCAGGCCGCUUCUCGACCCGGCGAAGACUUCUCGAAGGGUGUCAUCUUCUACUUACGCGAUGAUAUCAUUGUAGGUAUUGUGUUGUGGAACGUUUUCAAUCGCAUGUCAACUGCCCGCCAAGUGCUUAAAGAUCAGUGCAAGUAUGAAGAUCUAAACGAAGUCGCGAAGCUGUUCAACAUUCACGAGGAAGAGUAAAAUAAGAAUUCACAAAAAAUAAACAAAGGACAUUCCGGUGCGCCGAACAAUUUGCACUUGUAACAGAAUAAACGAAAAAGAGACAAAGAAAUCGCCGUUUUAUAUGUAAUUCUAUUAGCUUAUGUCUUAAUAUCAUUAUUAAUGUCAUCGUCAUUAGCGCAGAUUCACUGAGAUAUCGAUUGAUUGCGUAUUAAAUAAUUAUAUAUCAGUUCAUCUUGUUACUGUAAUUUUUAUAGCAGAGAAUAAAUAAACGAAAAACUUG